UUAUAGUUUCUGAUUCGAGUUGACGUCGUUCGAAGUCGUCGUUGGCGUGUCGUCGGUUUCAGAGCGUUUCGAAAACUCAGUUCCCGCUUCGAGUCGCAAUUGAAUAUUGAAAUCACAUCAACAGAAAUAUUUUAGCGCGAGUGGAUAAAUUUUCAAAAUCUAUUUGUGCAAUUUGUGUGAGAAAUAACCAAAAAGCUAACCCAAACAUAGCUGCACCUGUGUUCUGCACCAACGAAAUUUUGGAAAUAUCUAAAAAUAAAUCUCGAGAGUGGAGAUGUCGCCGGCGGAUGAUAAUUCCUUUGCCACAACCAGUGGCAACAAGAAGGCCACCUACACUCUGAUAUGCAUCAAAGUUGUGGAGUUGUGCCUGCUGAUAUGCUGCCUGGGGCUGAUCGACGAACCAGCCACCAACUCCCAUCUUCGAGUGUUCAUCACGCCCCGAGUAAUGGCUCUGUGCUAUGUGACUUUCGGAGCUCUGGCUAUCUACACUGCCAUCUACUUGAUAAUGGCGCUCUUCGGUGAUAUGACUCCCUGGCGCACGGCUACCCUCUGGGCCCUGGUGGGUUUCUGCCUGUUCGUGGCAGUAACUGCUCUGCUUUUCCGGGACUGGUCCACCACAAAGGAUCGCAACUACUGGCACCCCAACAUGCACCGCUUGGAUCUCGUGAUGGCCUCCGCAUCGAUUUCCCUGGUCACAUCAUUGGUCUUUUUGCUGGACAUCCUCAUCACCAUUCGCUUCGGCGUCCAUGGGGAUCUUGAAUGACAUGGUCGAGGAUGUAGAGCCUGGCAGGAGAGAGGCAUUCACUCGAUCCUCGCCUAGCGUGGACUGUAAUAUUUAUAGCUCCAGCUUAGUCGUAAGAGCCCCCGUUCACAUCCCCGUCUCCCAGCUAAUUGUAAUUCCACGACGAAACAAAAAAAAAAACCAUCAGAAUUGCCAUCAUCGAAUCGAAAAUGUACAAAAAAGAUGUCCGAAGGAGGUUUAAAGUUUUUACGCAUCGCCUGCCGUUUUGUUUUCUUCUUAGCCGUACACAUCGAACAUCACGUUUUAUCUAAUCCAAAAUAAUACAUAAGCUCCAACGCAAAUAAAUCCCUUUAAUCGAA